CAUGCUCCCUCCAGCACUAGUGAUUUCUUAUGCCCAGUUUGCAACAAGGUUUUCCCUCUUCAGAGGAUGCUAACUCGUCACCUAAAAUGCCACAGUCUCGUGAAGAGGCACCCCUGCAGAUACUGUGGAAAGGGUUUCAAUGACACUUUUGACCUGAAGAGGCAUAUGCGUACCCAUACAGGCAUUCGGCCAUAUAGGUGUGAACUCUGUGAAAAAGCUUUCACCCAACGCUGUUCUCUGGAAUCCCACCUGAGGAAGAUUCACGGCGUGCGACAGCAGUACACCUAUCGCCAGCGCCGCUCCAAGAUAUUUGUGUGUGAGGACUGUGGCUUCACUUCUGGAAGACCAGAUGAAUAUUUCAUACAUGUUCGUGAGCAUCAUCCUGGCAGUUCGGCCUUGCGGAGAUACUAUCGCAAACACAUACCUGAGAGAACAGCUACAGUGGCUGAUCAUAAUAUCAACCCAUUUAUACUGUACCAACCAGCUAGUUUCUACAUCUAAAUAUAGAAUUAUUUCAUCUGACCUUAGUUUUGCUUACUGAUUAUAUUAAUUGUUAAAUCAAUUGUUGUUUAACAAA